AUGCAGUGCAAGGAGAGCUAUCCGGAAGACUUCAAAGAUGCAUUUCGAAGAUCACCUCUAAAAGAAGGGGAGCUGGACGAGCUCGUCGCAAGGUCUAGCUAUCCUCCCGUCUUUGUCUUCGGCCACUCGAUGCUCCCCACAGCUCUGAAGUACUUCGCGGACAUUCCGCAAGCCAUGAAAGUCGACAUGGUCUACGCAACCCUCCCAGGGUACAAGCUUCAUCAUUUCGCGGAGGAGGGCAAGCCCGGUCUACCAACGAUCAAGCCGUCAUUGUCACCGGCGGAAGUGGUCGAGGGAAUGCUUGUCUUCGGGCUGACCAGGGAGCAGCGCAGCGACAUCCAGGAGAUCGAAUGCGUACGAACCGGGCAUAGUAUGUUCAUGGCCGUCCAUGUCCAGGUUUCGCUGAUGGACAGAAUCCACGGCUUUGAAGUCAAAUGCCAGAAAACUGUGGACGCGGGCACUUUCGUGUGGGCCUGGAAUUCUAAGGAUACAGAACUGCUCCCCAUGGAAACCUCCUUCUGGCCUAUAGAUGAGUUCUUGAAUGGCCAGCUUUACGCGAACAUCGUGGACCAGCAAAACAAACUGCAAGUUAGCGAUGACUAG